AUGAUGUUCUUUCCACUUGUCAUCCCAUUAUUUAGCAUUCUCCACGUAUACGCCUAUCUCAACGAUACCUCCAACGCGGACCUCACAUGGAGUGGAAACAGCGCACAUCCCCUCAGCUCCAACUCCAGUCAAUGGUGCUAUUUCCCAGUCGCCAACGUCACCAAGAACACGGCUUGUAUUGGAACUUCGACUUCUUCCACCAGCAGCUAUCAGACACUCAUCUACACUCAUCUAAAUCUGCCCCAGGGAUGGUCCAUUGCCUACUACGCGCUCAACAACGUCACACUUUUGGGUGACUUCAAAUACCCCGUGCCUGCAGGAGGUGCUCGUAUGUGCCUUUCAGGUCAGGCAUUGGACAAGAGCUAUCAGACGUAUUGCCAGGUUAUAUAUUAUAACAACGACAUCGUUGAUAAUGCGUCCGACUGGUGCGUCGUCGCGCUCGGGCAGUCUUACGUUUCCGACGGUUGCUACACCGCCACGCCAGCCUCUGGCACUGUCAGUGCUGCGACAGUGCCAGCAACAACCGUUACAGCAGCCCAGCCCGCAGCAACCUCAGGUCAGGGUAAGGCCGAGCUGUUGCAGGAGUGCACCCCCGGGUGUGGCAAGAGUCAGUGCACUUUCAGUAACCUCUCGCAUGUUGACCCUGUAACUUACCCCGUCAUUGUGGGGACUCCAGUUGAGAACUGUGACCCAAAGAGCAAUACGACCAUCUCGAGUGGUAUUGGAGGAUCAGUCCAGAUCACAGACACCUGGAGCGUCACCACGUCAUUGGGGGUGAGCUUCGAAGGGUUGGACUUGAAGGCCGAAGCCUCGUUUUCCAGUUCAAAGGCGAUAACGUUCUCGCAGACCGUCACGAUACAAAUCCCACCUGGGCAAAUGGGCGCAAUGGUCGCAAACGUGCUAUAUAAUCAGACGAACGGGAACAUGAAAAUCGGGUCCAAUGCACUCUUUCCUAUCACAUCGAACCAACCUCUGGAGGUCGUCUCCUACGGGCAGCAAAUAACCCUAUGUGGCAACCAGUUUGCUGCUACUAAUUCGAGCCCGAUGGCCUGUACUCUCAGUGCUGCCGUUUCGCUGAGGGAGAAUUCUUUGAUGACAUUCUUUGGCUUGUUGAUUCCCAUAUUUGCUUGGAUGGUGUAGUACUCCUCGUCGAAUAUCA